CGAAAAAGUUAUAUCCCAAGUGAAAUAAUGUGCUUGUACUAGAAAUUAGUACUAAGAAUAUAGAAACUUCCAACUUGAAAUAAAUAAAUAAAAUUUAAGAACAAAAUUAAUUGUUUUAUGGUGAAUGUCUUGAUCUGCAUAUAUUAUAGCAAGUGGAAUUCCAGAAUUCUUGAAAAUACAGUGUUGCAUGUGGGCAAAUUGUCAAAUUUCACAUUAUAUACAAUCUCUCUCUCUCUCUCAUCUUUCUUUCUUUCUCUCUCUAUUUCUUGAUCUUAUUAGGCAGAGAGAGAGUAGUACACUAUUAAUUUGUUAAUGGGUGGUUUCCUUUUCAAACAUCCCAUGAUAGCUUUACACUAAAAACUUAAUUCUUCUCUCCAUUAUCUUAUCUUUCUGCGCACCUCCACUCCUCUCAAUUAUUUCUCUCCAUUUCUUAAUUCCUGCUCUUCGUCGCUUCUAUAAAUUCAAUUUCCCUAUUUUGUUUUUGCUUCCUAAAAUCACAUACAUUAGUCACACAAUAAGUAGUAAGCAAACCAUGGUUCUCGAAACAUGGUUGCUCAAGGUGAAGAAGACGAUCACCCACAGCUUCGAUUCGUCACGCGCCGCCGCCGCGCCGCCGAAGAAGCCGCUCGCGAUCAAGAAGUCCAGCGUCGGCGUCGUGGCGUUCGAGAUCGCUGGCCUCAUGUCGAAGCUCCUCCACUUGUGGGAGUCUCUGUCGGACAAGAGCGUGGCUCGCCUCCGGGGCGAAUCGAUAUGCCUGGAAGGUGUUCGUAAAAUUGUCUCAAACGACGACGCCUUCCUGAUCGGCCUGGCCUGCGCGGAGUUGGUCGAGAAUCUGAGGCUGGUCGCCAAAUCCAUCUCCCGCAUCAGCAAAAAAUGCGAGGACUCGUCCCUCAGAAGCUUCGAUCUUUCGUUCGAGGAGUUCGCAAACUCGGGCCGUGAUCCGAACAACUGGCUUCUGAAUUCCAAAGAAAUGGAGUCCAAAAUCAAGAAGCUGGAUCAGUUUAUUACAAUCACCGCCACUCUGCACAGAGAAAUGGACGAGCUUCUGGUGCUCGAAAACGGUCUGAAGAAAUCAUUGCAGAGCAGUAGCAGUAGUACUAAAGACAACGACACCUCAAUCAAAGAGAAGAAAAUUAUGGAGCUGCAGCAGAAGAUUCUAUGGCUCAGACAAGAAGUAAAGUACUUAAAGGACAAGUCUUUAUGGUGCCGAAGCUUCGACACUGUCACAUCCUUACUCGCCCGAUCCGUUUUCGCCAUUCUUGCGAGGAUCAAGCUUGUUUUCGGAGUCGGCCACGGAUUCAAUCCAAUAGUAUCCUUGCCUCGUAGUCUUUCGGCCUCGGCUUUAGUAUAUCCAUCCGAAAAUCCCAACACGUUCGUAUCCGGUCCGUUAACGAUGAAAACGCCCCCGAAUCUUGUCGGGUUUUUCGAAUCGAACUCCAAGAUUCUAAAACCGCCGCCCACCACCUUAGGCGCGGCGGCGCUUGCUCUCCACUACUCGAAUCUCAUUAUAGUCAUGGAAAAAAUGAUCAGAUCGCCGCAACUCGUCGGUGUCGACGCAAGAGACGAUCUUUACUCAAUGCUGCCUAAUAGUAUUCGUUUCGCACUAAGGGCUCGUCUGAAAGGUGUGGGAUUUUCCGCCACCGAUCCGAUUCUCGCUAAUGAGUGGAGGGAAGCACUGCAGAAGAUUUUGGGGUGGCUUUCGCCGUUAGCCCACAACAUGAUCAAAUGGCAGAGCGAACGGAGCUUCGAGCACCAGAAUUUAGUGCCUAAAACCAACGUCGUCUUGCUGCAAACGCUCUAUUUCGCUAAUCAAGAAAAGACGGAAGCCGCCAUAACCGAGCUGCUCGUGGGGCUGAACUACAUUUGGAGGUUCGAGCGAGAGAUGAACGCCAAGGCGAUUUUUCGGUGCAGCAACUUCAACGGCGGGUACAUGAUCGGUUCGGUACAAGAUCCUAUAGCUAGUUAAUUAAGUUUCUGAUGAUGAUGAUCAGAUCACAACUCCUUUGUGUGUGUUCUUUUUUCAAUUCAAAACCAGGGUUCUUGAUCAAAAUACUAUAUUAAAAAAGGGAUUUUUGUAUCUACCUACCUACCACUUGUUUUUACCAGAUCUGUGAGGAUAGCUUUCCUUCUAACCCCUGAUCUGUAUAUUGUAAUAUAUUUUUAUUGCUGUAAAUGCUUUGAACAAUAAUCUAUUCUUGAAGCUAAAA